AUGGGAGACCCGGUCCUGGGCUGGGCGCUGGGAACCUGGGCGCUGCUCCUGCUGCUCCUGGCCCUGGGGCUGCUCUAUGGGACCUGGCCGUAUAAUUUCUUCAAGAAAUUGGGAAUUCCUGGCCCAAGACCACUGCCUUUUAUCGGAAGUUUCCACGAAUAUCGGCAUGGUAUUCUGCAGUUUGACCAGAUAUGCUUUGAGAGAUACGGCAAACUCUGGGGACUGUUUGAUGGCCGGCAACCUGUGAUGGCCAUUCUGGAUCCCGCCCUCAUUAAAAGUGUCCUGGUCAAAGAAUUCCAUACUUAUUUCACCAAUCGCCGGAAUUUUGGUCUGAAUGGCGAUCUGGACACAGCCAUAUUCUUCACUGUCAAUGAACAGUGGAAGAGGAUUCGCAAUACCUGGUCUCCCAGUUUCACCAGUGGGAGGCUGAAGGAGAUGCUGCCCAUCAUCAACCAUUAUCAUGAAAUCUUGGUGAAGAACCUUCAGAAGAAAGUGGACAAUGAUGAAGUGAUGGAUAUGAGGCUGAUCUUUUCAGCCUACAGUUUGGAUGUGGUAACCAGCACUUCAUUUGGCAUCAACGUUGACUCCCUCAACCAUCCCAAUGAUCCUGUUGUUGUGAACAUCAAGAAGAUCCUCAAUUUUAGCUUCCUCAAUCCUAUUUUAAUCUUAACUGUUCUUUUCCCAUUCCUUACUCCAGUGCUGGAAAAGCUCAACUUUAGCGUGUUUCCCAAGUCUUCGAUAGACUUCUUCAAUGGUGUCGUCAAAAAAAUCAAAGAAGAUCGACAAAAGGAGAACCACACGAACCGGGUUGACUUUCUGCAGCUCAUGGUGGACUCUCAGGCUGCAGCCAACACCUCCGGGGAGGCAAAUUCAGAGAAAGCUUUAACAGACAAAGAGAUUUUGGCCCAGUCAAUAAUUUUUAUUUUUGGUGGUUAUGACACCAUCGGUAUCACACUCAGCUUCGUAUCUUAUUGUCUGGCCACCCAUCCUGAUGUUCAAGAGAAAUUGUAUCAAGAGAUCAAUGAAACGUUUCCCAAUCAGGCCCCUCCCACUUAUGAGGCCAUCCAACAUAUGGAAUAUCUAGACAUGGUGGUGAAUGAAACAUUUCGUCUUUACCCUCCGGCGGAACGUCUUGAUAGAGUUUGCAAAAAGACAGUGGAAAUCCAUGGAGUGACCAUCCCAGAAGGGACCGUGGUUGUUGUCCCUGUUUUUGUCUUGCAUCGUGUCCCGGAAUAUUGGCCUGAGCCCGAGGAGUUCAGACCUGAGAGGUUUAGCAAAGAGAACAAAGAGAGCCGAGACCCGUAUGUCUUCCUCCCUUUCGGAGCGGGUCCCAGAAACUGCAUCGCUAUGCGUUUCGCCCUCCUGGUGCUGAAAAUGGGUCUGGUGGUUGUGCUGCAAAAAAUUCGCUUCCAAACUUGCAAAGAGACAACGAUCCCUCUGGAGCUGGACAACAGAGGGUUUGUGCAACCAAAGAAUCCCAUCAAGUUGAAAUUGCUGCCCAGAACUGUUGUAGAACAUGAAGAAUAGAAGAUCUGGAGGCU